AUGACACCAAGAGCAAAUGCCUUCGACGCCAUCAAAGCAGCAGGGAUCAAAACCCAGAAUUCAAUCGAAGCAGAGAAACAACCAUUGCUGUGGAAUCGCCCUCGAGUGACGUUGCAGUCACAGUUGUGGGCAAAACUCAAGGCCGCUCUGCAGGAUGACGAAGAGUCGUUCCAGAUCGUGAAUGCAGUGUUCUACCGAAGUCCAACUGGUAACUAUUUGAUACCAACGGCGACCUGUAGGGAGAGGCCACUUCCCAGUUUGUUUGGCGCUAACGAAAAGAGUUCCCAAUGCAGCAUAGUCAUAGCCAAAAGUGGGCCGAUGUUCGAUGUCACAUGUCAGCUUCUUCAGCUAUGUUCGUUCUUCCCAUUUUUCCAGGCCAUGUCCACAGCCAUGGGGCGCGAAUCUCCGCCAAGGACGGGAACGCUACCACAGCACUCUUCUGUUGUGUUUGCAUACUCUGCCAGCCUGAUGGUCUUCCGAGGAAGGCCUUCAGGGGCGUGUCUGCCAUGUCGUCAGAGAAGAAUCAAGUGUGACCAGGAUGCUUCAGGCUGCAAGAGCUGCAAGCGUGCACAGAUCAAAUGCCAUGGCUAUCGAAGCGUUCCACAAACGGUGUUCUACAACGAGACUGACGAAGUGAUCAACAAGAAUCGCAGUUCAAGCAAGGAAGCUCCCAAGUCACCGCCUAAAACCACAUGGUCUGCGUGCUCGAACUCGAGUCCGAUGCUUGAAAGGGCCCUCACGCCAUCUGACAUGGGCGAUUUUGCCUUCAAUUAUUUCCGGGCGUACCACUUUCUUCUGCCCCAUGUGGAGACCGGCCCAAACCAAGACAUGCUUUUCGAGUGCAUGAAGGCGCAUGGACUGGCUACAUGUGCCGUGGCUGAACGUUGCUCCCUGGCGAGAGUCGAAGCAAGAAGGCACUAUCUCUCAGCUAUCCAGAAAGUCAACAGUGUUCUGAGAGACGGCCAUUCUGCUACGGACGAUCACCUUCUACUUGCGGUCAUGAUGCUCAGCACUAUCGAGUCGAUCACAGACAGUCGUGAAGCGCCGCUCGAUGCAUGGAAGAGUCAUGUGGAAGGCUGCACUGCAAUAUUGAAUUUACGUGGACCUGAACAAAUACGAGAUCCCCAAGGUCGACUACUCUUCAUGCAAGCCACCUCGUGCUUGACGUCUCAGUGCCUGUUUAGCUCAAGCCGUAUGCCUGACGAGAUCCAGAUGCUGACCGACGAGGCUACCAAGUAUAUUACCAGGGCACAUAGCAGAUCUGGCGAACACGUGCAGGAACACACCGAAAUCGAUCCGUGCUUUAAACAUAUGCUCUCCGACAAAGCUACAUGGGCGAUGCACCAAGCAGGCAUGACUUUAACCAAUUUCAACAGCGACAUCAAGUGUGGUCGAGUGCAAGACCCGAUGCAUAUGUCUGGCCAAAUUCUGCAACAAGACGAGCAAUUGAACGAAGCCUACCGGCAAGCAAGUCAAAGUACUGCGGACGGCAUGUAUGCUGCGGAGCCAACGCUAAUGACCUACGAAGAGGCAUUUGAUCAGUACCUGGCCAUCCAGAUCUCGAAUUCCAUCCGCGGCUGCCGUUUGCUACUACACACCAUGAAUCAACACUUGCUUAAAACAGCUUCGGCAACACCAUCCCACGAAGCAACACUCCAGGCAUCCGCGGCUGUCAUAGAUGACAUGAGAUCACAAAUCCUCGAAAGCGUACCCUACCAGGUCAGCCUAGCGAAGAAAUGGCUCAACCGCCCAAACGUCCCCAGCGGGUUUCCCAACCUCCGCCAACUCCUUUCCCCUCCCGCCGGUGUCUCGACUGCUGUGUUCGUGGCGGCCGAGCACAUCUUGACCGGAUCGUCGACAACCCAACACAAAACGUUCUUCACCCCACAAGAUCCGCCAAUUCUUCGCAUCUCGCACGGCUACAACAUUAUCGCGGCGCUGCUUCUGGUGGGAUGCGUUCCGACACCAGGAUCGCGAGAGAGGAAGUCGACUUGUGAGUUGCUGCGUUUGCUUGGGGAGUCUUUGUCGAUACCGCAGGCUAUCAUAUUUGCUGAGCGGAUGGAAGCAUCAGAUGCAGAGUCGGUGGGACCUGUUCCACGGUGA